AUGAGCAUGAAUGACCGAGAAAAGGUAGAGAUGUUGUUAUUCCUUUUGCAGAAUGUGGAUGUUUUUGCCUGGAAUCCGUAUGAAGUGCCCGGCGUAGAUCCCAAGUUCAUUGUCCACAAGCUUAACGUGGACCCAUCAUUCCCCCCGAAAAAGCAAAAACCGAGAAGAGCAUCGAAAGAGCAUGUUGACGCGAUAAACUUGGAAGUCCAGAGGCUGAAGGAGGCAGGAGUGAUAAGAGAAAUAUUCUUCCCGAAAUGGUUAGCAAAUACGGUGGUAGUAAAGAAAAAGAACGUGGAAGUAUACAUUGACGACAUGGUGGUAAAGAGCAGAAAGGAGUCGCAACAUACGGAAGACUUUCGGGGAGUAUUUGAGAUACUUCGGCAGCAUAAGUUGCGCUUGAACGACGAGAAGUAUACUUUCGGUGUGGGGGCUAGCAAGUUCUUGGGUUAUCUGAUUUCUACUCGGGGGAUAGAGGCCAACCCCAACCAGAUAGAGGCCGUGAAUCACCUCAGACUGCCGAGCAAUCCUAAGGAAGUACAAGUGCUAACCGGGAUGUUAGCUACCCUAAACCGAUUCAUCUCCAAAUUUGCUGAUUGUUGCAGACCGUUUUAUCAACUUUUGAAGAAGUGGAAGGGGUUUCAGUGGGAUGAGGAAUGUGACAAGGCUUUUCGAGAUCUGAAGGAAUACUUGGCAAAAGCGCCCAUGUUAACGGCCUCGGAGUCCGGGGAGGAUUUGUUUAUGUACCUCUUGGUGUCCGACCACGCCGUGAGUGCUGUGUUACUAAGAGACCAAGGAGUGCAGCAGCCAGUGUAUUACAUAAGCAAAACCUUAGUAGAUGCCGAGACGAGAUACCUGCCCCUGGAGAAGUUAGUGUUGGCACUGGUGCACGCCAUGAGGAAGUUGUCGUAUUACUUUCAGGCUCAUACUGUGUUCGUCCUCAACGAGUAUCCCCUACAGUCAUUGUUAAAAAGAUCGGACUUCACGGGCCAAAUAGCCAAGUGGGGAACUCGGUUGGGUUCGUUCGACAUAAGGUACCAGCCGCGAAGCUCGGUGAAGGGACAGGUUCUUGCUGAUUUCAUUACAGAAUUUACCCCUAAGAACGACGGGAAGAUAAUCUGUAAUGCAGAAAGUCGUCCGUGGAAGGUGUUUGUAGACGGCGCUUCGAAUGCUAUGGGGGCCGGAGUCGGAAGCUUUGAAGCUCGGGACUCUCAGAUGAAAGCUUAUCUGAGUACAGCUAAGCAAAUCAUUAGCCAGUUCGGGACAGUGAAGGGGGCCCAGGUAGGUCGGGCACAAAACAGGCAUGCCGACUCGCUGGCCAUGUUGGCCUCAUUCGCUACCGAGGAUACUCCUCGGCUCGUCAAAAUAGAGCUUAUAAGGGAGCCAAGUAUCGAUGUGAAAAAUGAUUAUGACCCGGCCAGGGUUGAGGUGGCCAUGGUGUCAGUGGCCAAUCCGUGCUGGAUGAACCCGAUCAUAGAUUUCUUAGCCGAGGACAAAGUUCCGGACGAUGAAAAGGAGGCUAAAAAGAUUCGUUGGGUGGCUCCCUGGUACUGGCUGUCGGCAGAUUGCAAAUUGUAUCGGAGGUCUUUCGCAGGUCCUUACCUUUUAUGCCUACAUCCCGAGAAAGUAAACGAACUUCUAACCGAGCUGCAUGACGGAGUGUGUGGUGGCCAUGUUGGGGGGCGGUCUUUAGCACACAGGACAAUGACCCAGGGGUUUUAG